UUAGGCGGGCUGAGUAUAAUUGUAUAUUUUCAAUAAUCAAUAAUUAUUUUAUUUUUUGAAGACGAAAAAUCUUGACAACAAGCGGACGGCCAGCACGCGAGUCAAAAGUUUUUGACUCUGUAUUCUGGAGAGCGUCUGGUCGUAUGGAGGUAGACAACAAACGCAGUGCGAAAAGGUUCAAUAUUUAAACCCAAGUCGUAAUUCAACCUACGUCAUCACUGUAAAUACAGGUAUUACAGCAGAAGGAAGGGGUGGAUUUUAAGACGACUGAUUCGUCUCUCAAAGAAGUCGAGUCAAUUGCACACAUCAGGUAUCGCCCACCCAGAAAAUGUACACGCAGCCAUCAACCAUGCCUGUCUUGGACACAAGAUCCUGAUGUUUUUUUCUACGUUGGGUCUUGAAGUGAUGUGCACAGGUCACCAUGAGAGCUCGUCUUAAAAUGCCAGUAGUCUUUGCCACCUUUCUGAUUAUCAUCUCGCUGUAUGUAUACAUCCAUGAGAUUGGAUUCAGCCAAGCCACAGUUUCCGACAGCCACGAGUUGAGUUUCUUCUCUCUUUCCUCGGUCAGGAGGUUCUUCACCACACAACUCACCGUCCCGGAAAAUGUCAGAACUUUAGGAACAAUGAAUUCUACCGACGGCUGCCGACGAUUGUGGCUGGCGGGACAGUCGCUUUGGUUCGAUUACAAGUUCAACGCAAGCCUGAGUCCGGUGUGGACGCGGCACAAUAAAAAAUUAACUCCAGUGAUCAGUUCAUGGUGGAAGACGCUGCAAACAAACAAACUCACUAGCGUCCCUGAUGUUAUAAACGAAGCACUGAAGGUUAUCAGCGACGAGGACCCGUACUGGGUGAGGGACUUGUCCAGAUGUCUGCGAUGUGCUGUGGUAGGCAACUCUGGGAAUCUACGCGGCAGUCAGUAUGGCCAACUGAUUGAUUCGCAUGACUAUGUCUUCAGAAUCAACAAGGCUCCUACAAAAGAUUUCAUCUCGGAUGUAGGCUCGAAGGAAACCCACCGCUUCACAUAUCCAGAGAGCUUCAUGGCACCGGGGCCCGAUGCCAACUUUGUGCUGAUGGACUUUAAGCUGCUGGAUGUUGCAUGGCUGACCAGCGCACUGACCAACGGCACCGUAACAAGAACAUACAUGAAUGUUAAGAAAACCAUUAACGUCACCAAAUCAAAGGUGAUGAUCUACAAUCCGUCCUUAAUGCAUCACAUUCACACAGAGUGGAUGGAGAAACACGGCCGGUACCCAUCAACAGGGAACCUGGCAAUGUUCUUUGCUCUUCAAAUUUGUGAUGAGGUGAACCUGUUCGGCUACGGGGCAAACUCCAAUGGCAACUGGGAUCACUACUGGCAGAAGGACGACGGCUCGCACAACUCAUUCUUCAAGAAGACCGGCGUACACGACAGCGACUUUGAACGUUCAAUCAUGAUGAGCCUCCAGAGCGCUGGCAAAAUCAAAAUAUAUGCCGGGGUCAGAUGAUUGCUCCUGAAUCAUCAACAACAACAGCAACAACAACAAUACAACAAGGACGAAAACAACAACAACAACAAAGACAAAAACAACAACAAAAGGUAUUGUAUGUUGAAGAGAAUCUACAUGUACGUCGGGGUCAGAUGAUCGCUCCUGAAUCAUCAUCAACAUCAACAAUACAAACAACAACAACAACAACAGCAAAAAGGAUGAUGACAAAAGCAACAAAAUGUUUUUUAGGUCGAGAGAAGUCUAGGGAUGUCUUAUCAUCCGAAGGGAGCCAGCUACCUUGUAAUUUUUGUUAAUUUGUUUGGAGUCAUUUGACUAGAGGGGGAAAAUUGCGUUUGGAUGCAUUGCGCUAUAUAGACCCCUUACAUUGGUCGCCAUCGUUGAUGAAACGUGCACGCAAGAAGGGCUAUCAUUGGCCGAGAGUCAUGCGCAGCGCGUGUACGUGUGAUUGGUUCCAUUGUUUGUCAUCAAAGAUGGUGGUCAUUGACUUCAUGUGCAAAGCCAUCCGUUGACAUGGCUAUCCAAAAUAUGGAUGCUUGAUUAAUUUUUUGUGAGAUGUUGUGUUGCCAUUAGUGACAGAUUUUAACGUAUCAAGUUGUGAAACUCAUUUGUUAAAAUGUGGUCAAUGUAUCAAACAUUUAUACUUCUACCGAGAAUUUUUUCUUGUAAACCAGUUAACAACUGGUAGUCCUGUUAACAUGCCAUUAUUUUCUGUGCCAGAUAUUGGAUGAUGUGCACAUCCAUUGUUUAAUAAUGUUAGCUUGCCUGGACUUACCAUUGUGUUGCAUGUUCUCACUAGUUCUCACCACGCUUAAUUUUCCCCAUGCAAAGAGGGACAGUGAACUGGAAUUAACGCUCAUAAUCUCCCUUUUCUAGGGAGUUUUUGUGGAUUACAGACCAAUUGUUUGGGGUACAAAGAGAACUACAUGUAUUCGAUUACACAGAAACAUCAGAAACCCUGGCACUAAGUGCUUGAACCAGAGAAAAACUUGUUUUCUGUCUUUUUGGUUUUUUUUACCUUGCUUAUUUUUUUCACAUACACUCAAGCUUUAUGAAGCCUGUGAACUUACACAUUCCAAUGAAAAGGGCGAAUACCCCAAAAGUACUUUAAUUAAAUGCAUGUUAAAGAAAUGUAUUAAACAAUAGUACAGAUAAUUCCGUAAAUUUUAUUCAAAUUAAAAAAAUAUCUUAAUUUUAAAUCUUCUCUUUAAUCUUGCCACAUUUAGUAAGUUUUGUUUUCUUCCCGUUAUUGAAGCUAACAGGAAUCACCUGUUUUUGAGGGGGUGAUUACAUUUUUGAUGGGAGUUUCGGUUGAAUAGUGCCCUUUAAGGUUUUGUUUCUUUCAUAUGUGUACCAAAUAGAAUUUAAACCGUAAAUGAAAAAUGAUUUAAUUUGAAUCAAAUUCAAAUUAAAUUGUUCUCUUUGAAAGUCGAAGUUACCAAAGAUUUUGGAUUAGUACUAAAUGCAUAGCUGUAUGCAUCUCUCAAAAAAUUCACAUAUUUUUACUUCUCAAAAGGUCAAUCAAUAGACCCUAUGCCCAACACCGUGAACACACAGCGCACUUACCCUUGCGUCCCCUGUCCGUCAUUUCGUGUGUGAAAACAUGCACAAAAGGAAUGGACCCCCCCCCCCCC